AUGGACUACGAGACCCGGGACAGCUGGGAGCUAGCAGCAGCAGCAGCAGCCGAUGGCUCGCAUGCAGGCGCGGCCUUGGACGCAGUAGACACUGCUGCUGCUGCUGCUGCUCCUUCAACAGCAGCAGAAGCAGAAGCAGCUAGCCACCAGCUGGCACAGGGGGCCCCCAAACUGCAUGCAGCCCCAAGGGGCCCCUCUUCUGCUUCUUUAUAUUCUUUGAGUUUCUUUUUGGGUCUCUUUUACGUCAUUUUCCUUUGUGCUGCGCAGCAGCAAAAGAAAAGGGAAGGACUCCUGAACAAGCAGCAGCAGCAGCCGCAGCAGCAGGUGCUGCUGCAGCAGCAAACGCACCACGAGGACUUAUUAAAACCUGCAAAUGCAGAAACAGGCGACGACGCGACGCCCGAAAGUAAAGAAGUAAGCAGCAGCAGCAGUAGCAGCAGCAAGAGCAGCAGCAGCAGCAGCAGCAGCAACUAA